GGUGUCAACCACGCGCACUGCCUUUGUGACAAUCCAGUCCACACAGAACGGGGGUUGAUAUCUGUUAGUUGUUGAAAUUUGCGGACAUCUGCUCCUCCUGCUGACUGCAAGCCACCGACCACGGGCACAGCCUAUCCCCGGCCACCCAUUAGAACCUACUCUUCCCCGUUGGAGACCAGCUCCACCACGCACAGCCAGCAGCCAUGGCUGAAGACUUGGAAAUGCGCAACGAGCUGUCGGAUAUGCAGCAACGCGCCGACCAGCUUGGAGAUGAGUCGCUGGAGAGCACUCGUCGUAUGCUACAGCUGGUGGAAGAGAGUAAAGAUGCUGGUAUCAGGACUUUGGUUAUGUUGGACGAGCAAGGAGAGCAACUGGAGCGCAUCGAAGAGGGAAUGGACCAAAUCAAUAAGGACAUGAAGGAUGCAGAAAAGAAUUUGAACGAUCUAGGAAAAUUCUGUGGUAUUUGCUCCUGCCCAUGUAACAAGAUGAAGAGUGGCGGCAGCAAGGCUUGGGGGAACAAUCAGGAUGGGGUGGUGGCCAGCCAGCCUGCCCGUGUGGUGGACGACCGCGAACAGAUGGCCAUCAGUGGAGGAUUUGUUCGCAGGGUAACAGAUGAUGCCCGGGAAAAUGAGAUGGAUGAGAACCUGGAACAGGUGGGAGGCAUCAUCGGUAAUCUGCGCCACAUGGCCCUGGAUAUGGGCAAUGAGAUCGACACCCAGAAUCGACAGAUCGACAGGAUCAUGGAGAAGGCUGAUUCUAACAAGACCAGGAUUGACGAAGCCAACCAACGGGCCACUAAGAUGCUGGGCAGUGGCUAAGCUCCCAGAGCAUGUUGCUUUUCCCGCAAUCGCAAUUUAUCGCAAUUUAUUGUCAUGGUAUUUACCUUCUAGGUUUGCACAUGUGCACAUAUCACCUCCCCACAUUGUAAAUGUUGUUCUGUGUAUCCUUUGUCUGGCUUUUUCAAUGAUUGUCCUCGUAAAAUGAAAUAUUUCUUAUCCUCUGUAUCAUUCUUUCCAAAGAUUGUAUACAGUGCUGACUCGAUGGCGCUAGUUCACUUGUGAAGUUUUUAUUCUCUUUAUCAAAUAUAGUAAAUACAGGUAACUGCCAAAAUAAAGGAAACACUUGAGUAGAUUAGGGUUCUGGCGGCUCUGUUUUAGUGCAUUUUCCUGGCAUGAUUUAGGUCCAUUCAACCUCUUCGAGGGCAAGGUAAACAACAAUAAAUACACAGCCAUUCUGAGAGAUCACCUUCAACCUAUGCUGAAGCAUUUCUAUUGUGAUAGGAGUGGUCUCUUUCAGGAUGACAAUGCCCCCAUCCACAGGGCACGGGUGGUCACUGAACGUUUUGAUGAGCAUGAAAAUGAAAUAAACCAUAUUCCAUGGCCAUCUCAGUCAUCAGUUCUCAACCCAAUUGAACACUGAUGGGAGAUUCUGGAGUGGCGCCUUGGACAGUGUUUUCCACCAUCGUCAACAAAACAACCAAUUAUGGAAUUUCUUGAGGAAAAAUGGUGUCGCAUCCCUCCAAUAGAGUUCCGGACACUUGUAGAAUCUAUGCCAAGGCACACUGAAAAUGUUCUGGUGGCUUGUGGUGGCCCAAUGCCCUACUAUGAUACUUUAUGAUGGUGUUUCCUUUAUUCUGACAGAUACCUGUAUAUACUGUAUAAUGGUACACUGCUGUUUUCCUUGUCAGUAUCUCAGUAUUGUCAGUAAACUGUAUCAUUCCAUCAGCUACUGUCAUGCACCUUAUUUUGAUGGUGUCAUGACAAAUGAAGAAGAGGGAAAAAACACGAUGAUUACAAAUUAUAGUAAAUUUGAUGUCUUAUACAUAAAAGCGGUCUUAAAAAUAUAUACACUGAGUGUACAAAACAUUAAGGACACCUUCUUAAUAUUGAGUUGCACCCCAUUUUGCCCACAGAACAGCCUCCAUUCACCAGGGCAUGGACUCUGCAAGGUGUUGAAAGCGUUCCUCAAGGAUGCUGAUCAAUGUUGACAAUGCUUUCCACAGCUGUGUCAAGUUGGCUGGAUGUCCUUUGGGUGGUGGACCAUUCUUGAUACACACGGGAAACUGUUGAGCAUGAAAAACCCAGCAGCGCUGCCGUUCUCAACACACUCAAACCGGUGCGCCUGGCAACUACUACCAUACCCAGUUCAAUUUUAUUGUCUUACCCAUUCAUCCUCUGAAUGGCACACACACAAUCCAUGUCUCAAUUGUCUCAAGGUUUAAACAUCCUUCUUUAACCUGUCUCCUCCCCUUCACCUACACUGAUUGAAGUGGAUUUAACAAGUGACAUCAACAAGGGAUCAUAGCUUUCACCUGGAUUCACCUGGUCAGUCUAUGUCAUGGAAAGAGCAGGUGUUCCUAAUGUUUUGUUCACUCAUAAUCAGUAUUAUGACACAGUUAAACGAUCCAUACUCUCCUGCAAGUUUGCAAUAGUUCCACUAUUUAUAUCAACAUAUAUUUACAGACUAUGACCAUUGUACAAUAAUGCAAAAUGAUCUUCACGUGAAGAGAUUAUCGUGAAAAAAAAAGGAACUGUUUUUUUCUAAAUGAAUAUGCAGUUCAGUGAAGAUAUUGAAUAUGUGCUGAAAGGUGGGGGACUAGUUGGGCACUGUAUCAUAGGUAUUAGAUGCUCUGGGGAAAAUUUAAAAAAUGCAAAGCAAAGACUCGUAUUUCUGAGAGACCUUACUUUUAUAAGAGGACUGCAUUGUGUUUGUUUAAUCUCCCCGUGUGGUUUAUUAAUGGUAAAAUAAUAAUGAUACAAAUAAAUGAAUAUGAUAGUAAUAACACUCUGAAACAAAAAAAUGACAUACAAAUGUUUUUUUGUUUGCUUCUGUAUUUGUAUAGUGACGCACACCAAAUCGCUGAGAUGAAUGAAUAAACACCUUCUCUGAACGACACCGUAGAUUCAAUUGUGAGAUUUGACGUCCUCAAAACGCAUGUAGUAUCACGACUCCCUUAGUAUUCUGUCAGGUUCUGAAGUGGUGGAACAUUUUGUAGCUAGCUGAACUGAGAAAUAAAACCUAUUCUCUGUGA